CGCGUCUCGUGUUGAUCCUCAUCGACCUCAUCGGGGACAACUUCAAACUCGGACGAAGAUGGCUGCGACGGGGAGGAUGAGCCUACGAUGGCGGCUGUAGAAUCAACAUACCCAACACGCUCCGCAGGCCGCCUCUCUCGCUGGGGUAAGACUCUUCGCUUGGCAACAGGCUCCAAGCGCAGCUCAGUCAUUCAAGGUCCACGUCCUUGCCGUCACAUGCGCAUCGGCAAUGUACCUCUACGCCCACACCGCCACCAUCCCCGUGGAAUUCCUCGAUAAGUUCGACGAACCGUUUUGCUACUCGCCAAGCCGUCCAAUCAUGGUCAAAUAUCGCCGCAUCACUAUACUAAGAGCAUAUUCAUGGGUGAGGCUACAUAGGAUACUCUGUACAGGUACAUGUAGCUAUUGUACGAAGACUUGGAAGCGCGCUAUUUAGACGACACAGAGGGCUCUACAUCUGCCGAUAAUUCGAUAUCCGAGGGCUAAGCUGCCAUGCCAGAGUCUCAUCUACAUUUCAGAACAGGCGUUGGCUCAUCCACACCAGGGAACCCUUUCGCCGGACUACACGCGCUUUGAUCAAGUUCAAC